GGGAGCAGCGGGAGUCCAGCCGGAGGGUUUUCACCAGGUGAUGCUGUCCAAACCCGACUGACUGCGGAUCCGCGAAACACGAAUGGAUCCCUAUUUAAGACGUAGCUGGAAAAGGCUUUUUCACUUAUUAUCUUUGUAUUUUAUCCUAAUUUAUCAAGCGCAUCUGUCCUGGGGUGUUGAGAGAGUGAACCUUUCUGACUGGGGUGAAUUUAAUAACGGGAGCAGCAGGAUAAAGCAGCAGAAAUGGGACACCGCUUCCCAGGGAGGGCAGGACCUCCAGACAGCAGCUGCUGCGUUAGAAACCAACACAUCUUCCUCCAGUCAUUCAGUGGUCAGCCGGACCGCAGCUUCCAACCUGACGUCAAACCUGACGUCCAACCCGACGUCCUCCAGCACGGAGAGGACAUCAGCCUCCUCAUGGACACUCAGCUCUGACCAAUCAUCUGCAACCACAGCACCAUCUAGUCAAACACCAUCAAGAAGAGUAUCAUCCAGCCAAUCACCAGGAAACACAACACAAACCAGCCAAACCCCAGCCAGCACAACACCAGCCAGUCAAUCAGCAACCACCAUAGAAUCAGCCAGCCAAUCACCAGGCAGUACAGCAUCCGCCAAACAAUCACCAGGCAUCACAACACCAGCCAGCCAAUCUCCAACCAUCACAACACCAGCCAGCCAAUCACCAGGCAGCACAACAUCAGCCAGCCAAUCUCCAACCAUCACAACACCAGCCAACCAAUCACCAGGCAGCACAACAUCAGCCAGCCAAUCAUCAACCAUCACAACACCAGCCAGCCAAUCACCAGGCAGCACAACAUCAGCCAGCCAAUCAUCAACCAUCACAACACCAGCCAGCCAAUCACCAGGCAGCACAACAUCAGCCAGCCAAUCAUCAACCACCACAACACCAGCCAGCCAAUCACCAGGCAGCACAACACCAUCCACCCAAUCACCAACCACCAUAGCAUCAGCCAGCCAAUCGCCAGGCAAAACAACACCAGUCAACCAAUCUCCAACCACCACAACACUAGUCAGCCAAUCAUCAACCACCACAUCACCAGGCAGCACAACACCAGUCAACCAAUUUCCAACAAGCACGACACCAACCAGCCAAUCAUCAACCACCACCUCACCAGCCAACCAAUCACCAGGCAGCACAACACCAGCCAACCAAUCUCCAACAAGCACGACACCAACCAGCCAAUCAUCAACAAGCACAACACCAGCCAGCCAAUUAUUAACUAGCCCAGCAACAUCCAGUCAACCACCAACCACCACAGUGUUAGUUAGCCAAUCACCAGGCAGAACAACACCACCCAGCCAAUUACCAACAAGCACAUUACCAGCCAGUCAAUCACCAGUCAGCAAUGUACCAGCCAAGACCUUAUCUGACCAUUCAGCAGGCAGUACUUCAAAAUCUAGCCAAUCAGCAUCCAGCCAAACACCACUGAGCCAAUCAAAAACAUCAAACCAAUCCUCACUCACUUUAACGUCUUCUGAUCAUUCACCAACCACUUUAAUAGCAACUAAUCAAUCCAUAAACAUCUCAAAAACAUCACACUAUGUACCAUCCAGCUUAACAUCACCAAACCAAUCUAAUUCAACACCAUUUGGCCAAUCCCUGACCAGCUCAGCACCAUCAAAUCCAUCAUCACCUGGAAACACAGUCAACAGAGCCUUUUCACCAGAGGAGCGUCCAGUUAAUAUUUCACUGCUCACCAGGCAGGCGAAGGAAGCCCUGAAGUCACCGCUUCGUAGGAUCCAAGCAGAGACAUGUGCGUUCCCCUGCCUGAAUGGAGGACAGUGUGUUCAGUCGGAGUCAUGUGACUGCAGCUUGUAUCAGGCCACUGGACACAGAUGUCAGACAGUUCCAAAUCCUGGCUUUGAGAGGGAGAUGACGUGCAGGACGUGGGGUCAGUACAACUUUGAGACCUUUGACGGCCUCUACUACUACUUCCCCGGUCGCUGUACGUACACUCUGCUGAGGGACUGUGAGGAACCUACCCAGGCCAGCAUCGUCGUCCAGGUCCACAAUGACCCGGCCUGUAGCUCUGCCCCUUACACCUGCCAACGAUCUGUCAGCCUCUUCCUGCCAUGGGAGGGUGAGGUUCGGCUGCACGCCACCAACGUGACCUUCAAAGGCCAAAGUUUGCAGUUGCCUCAUCACAUCCACGACCUGCAGCUGGAACAGAUCUCACAGUACGUGCUGGUGACGCAGCAGCACGGCUUCACGCUGGCCUGGGAGGGACACAGCGGCUCUGUCUACAUCAAACUCAGCCCAGAGUUUGUGGGCAGAACCUGCGGACUGUGUGGGAACUUCAACGCCGACGUCCAGGACGACCUGAAGACGAGUUAUGGUGUGCUGACUCAUGACAUAGAAAUGUUUGGGAAUAGCUGGAUGGAGGCGGAGCCACACGAGACCCGAUGUCCCAUGGUGACUUCUGACUUCUCUUCACCCUGUACUGCAGUCGAAACUCACGUCCUGCUGAAAGUGGAGGAGGUGUGUGCAAUGCUGCUGGAUCCGCCAUUUCAGAGCUGCCACGACUUUGUCAGCCCGCUGUCCUACAUGGCCAGCUGCACCAACGACCUCUGCAUGUCGGGUCCCAACGGUGAUGUGGUAUGCCAGGUGUUCAGCGAGUAUGCCCGGGCCUGCGCCCACGCUGACCACCCACUGCACGACUGGAGGCAGCACAUUCCUCACUGUGCGAAGCAGUGUUCCCUAGGUCUGCAGUACAGGGAAUGCAUCAGCUGCUGCCCGGCAUCCUGCAACCUGGAGCGAACAUGCAUCGACAGCAAGCUGGCCUGCCUGGAUGGGUGCUACUGUCCUGAUGGUCUGAUCUACGAGGACGGAGGCUGUGUGACGCCCUCUGACUGUCCCUGUGAGUACCACGGCAUGUUUUAUCCAUCUGGACAGAUGCUGCAGGAGGAAUGCAACAACUGCACAUGCGUGGGUGGAGUGUGGAACUGCACCGACUACAGCUGCCCAGGCGAGUGCUCUGUGACGGGCGAUAUGUAUUUCCAAUCCUUUGACGGGCGGCUCUACACCUUUCCUGCAACAUGUCAAUAUGUCCUCGCCAAAAGUCACAACUCCGGGAAAUUCACAGUCACCAUCCAGAACGCCCCCUGUGGAGCCAAUUUGGAUGGGGCCUGCAUCCAAUCAGUUAACCUGGUUAUUGACGAGGAUCCAAGAACGGAGAUUACACUGAGUCACAUUGGAGAGGUCUUCAUGGCCGGACAGUACCGCAUCUCCCUGCCCUAUUCUGACGACACCUUCCACAUCCAGGAGCUGUCGUCCAUGUUCCUCCAGGUGAAGACGGCGUUCGGCCUGCGUCUGCAGUACAGCUGGAAGGAGUUUCGCCUCUACCUGCAGGCCGACGAGCUGUGGAAGGACGACACGGUUGGCCUGUGCGGCACCUUCAACGGCAACAUUCAAGAUGACUUCCUAUCUCCAUCGGGUAUGAUAGAAAGCACUCCUCAGCUGUUUGGAAACGCCUGGAGAGUGUCGUCAGCCUGUUCAGCCAGCCUGAGUACGCCUCAGCUCGACCCCUGUGACACGCACCAGCAGGCCGUGGCCUAUGCCUCAGAGAUGUGCGACAUACUGAACCAGGAUCUGUUCUCCGCCUGCCACGAGUACCUCAGUCCGACAUCCUUCCAUCAGCAGUGUCGCUCAGACACCUGUAAGUGCGGGACGCCUUGUCUCUGCUCUGCGCUGGCCCACUAUGCACGCCACUGUCGCAGAUUCUCCGUCAUCGUUGACUUUCGAUCGCAGAUACCCGACUGUGCGGUCACCUGUCCUGCCACCAUGCAGUACGGCACCUGCGUGUCGUCUUGCCAGCGCCGUUGCUCCGCCCUCUCCAUCCCGCAGCACUGUGGGGAGGAGUGUGAGGAGGGUUGCGUCUGCCCUCAGGGAUCCUUCUACAACCAUCGAACACACACCUGUGUGCACAGGAGCGAGUGUCCCUGCAGUUUCCUCGGAGCAGAUUACGAGCCUGGAGAUGUGAUCAUGACGUCAGCAGGUGUUCAACUCUGUCUGAACGGUAAACUGGUGUCCCAGACAACAGACGGUGACAGGUUGUGUCCAGCUGGUCAGCUCUACCAGAACUGCUCAGAGGGGGACGAUGGCCUCCUGUCAGGAAGGGGCGUGGCCUGUGAGCGCACCUGUGAAUCCUACCUGCUCAACCUCACCUGCUCGACACACGAGCCGUGCGUGGCCGGAUGUACCUGUCCUCCUGGUUUGCUGAAACAUGGAGACGAGUGCUUUGAACCUGCAUCCUGCCCCUGUCUAUGGAAAGGAAAGGAGUAUUACCCCGGUGACAGAGUCUCGUCCCCCUGCCAUCAGUGUGUUUGCCAGCAUGGGACGUUCCAGUGUGUGUUUCAUCCGUGUCCAUCCAUGUGCAUGGCUUACGGUGAUCGCCACUACAGGACAUUUGAUGGGCUGCUGUUUGACUACGUUGGUGCAUGCAAAGUCUAUCUUGUAAAGAGCAGUGCUGAUGUGAUGCUCAGUGUGUCAGCUGAGAACGUCGACUGUUUCGACAGCGGAGUCAUCUGCAGGAAAUCUCUGCUGAUCAACAUCGGCAGAUCCUUCAUAGCAUUCGAUGACGACACUGGGAAGCCAAAUCCAUCCAGUGUGAUUGACAGGAAGCAGACGAUGUACAUCUGGCCAGCCGGAUACUUUACAGUGGUUCAUUUCCCAGAGGAAGACGUCACCGUCCUCUGGGACCGCAAGACCACGGUCCACAUCCAGGUCGGACCCAGUUGGCAGGGGAAGCUAAGCGGGCUGUGUGGGAACUUUGACAUGAAGACGGUGAACGAGAUGCGGACCCCCGACAACAUCGACUCCCCAACUCCACAGGAGUUUGGAAACAGCUGGACUGCAGUAGAGUGUGUGAACAGUCCAGAUAUCAGACACCCCUGCAGCCUCAGUCCGCUCAGAGAGCCUUUUGCAAAGCGUCAGUGUGCUGUCCUGCUCGGUGAGGUCUUCCAGGCCUGCCACCCAGUGGUGGAUGUGACCUGGUUCUACAUGAACUGCCUGGCAGACACGUGUGCCUGCAGUCGUGGAGGCGACUGUGAGUGUUUCUGCACCAGCGUGGCGGCAUACGCCCAGCGCUGCUGCCACCAGGGCGUUCCUGUCGACUGGCGCACCCCGUCUCUGUGCCCGUAUGAUUGUGAAUUCUACAAUAAAGUUCUGGGGAAAGGUCCCUUCAGGCUGAUCACCUUCAGGGAUCGGACGACGCUGUUGGCAGCCAGCAGGUCCAGUGGCUCUGUGUUCCUGCAGCGGGGCAACCUCAGCACCACCGCCGCCCCCGGAGUCCUCUCGCAGUUCAUGAUGACGCCGGGCCUCAGCAGAGCCCGACCACACGACACAUUGCGGGUGUCCUUUGAGGCAGCCGACAGGCCGAACUACUUCCUGUACGCAAGCCCCAGCGGCCAGGUGACGCUGGCCAAGUGGGAGGAGAGAGGGGCAUUCUGGGACGGAGCAACCUUCGUCCUCCACAGGAACACCUGGAUCCCCGGCUAUGACUCGCUGGAGUCCCACGCCAAGCCCGGUUUCUUCCUGCACGCCACGCUGGCCCGCCUCCACCUGCUCAAAUACAGACACACCGACAGCUUCCGCAAGGCCACGCUGUUCAGACUGACAGGCCCCAACCCAGACGCUCCGCCCGCUCCUCGGUGUCAGUGGAGGUAUGAUUCCUGCGCCAUCCCCUGCUUCAAGACCUGCAGCGACCCGUCAGCUGAAGCCUGCGUCACCAUCCCACAAGUGGAGGGCUGCCUUCCUGUCUGCCCUCCACACAUGGUCCUGGAUGAGGUUACCCGUCGGUGUGUCUAUGUUGAAGACUGCAUUAAGGUCCCAGUUGCUGUGCAGCCUCUAACACCGUCCGCUGCUCAGACGACCUUUGCAGCUGUCACUUCUGCAACCACCACAAGCAGUACUGCCUCAACCACACCCCUCAAGACCACCACUACCACCACUGCCGCUGCAUCCUCCACCCAUCCACACACUGCUCCUACCACUAAAAUCACCACCACCACUCCCGCUGUGAUUGCACAGACAACCUCGUCUACGGCACCACCCGCCCCUGAUGAGCCGCCCCAUCCAGUCCCCAUCUCUCCAUCUGCAGCUCCUGAACUUUCUAGAACAGCAGGACCCCCAUCUCCUCCAACAGCGCCUCCUACUGUCAGGCCAGCGGUGGGGGACCCUCUGUCUACUGUCAGAGUGACUGAACCCCCACCCACCUCUGUAACAAGUACAACAGCAUGGACGACCAAAGCUGCAACGAUCCCCAUCGGCCCCAGCACGUCCAGGACAAGCAGCGCUCCCUUCGCCAUCACAGCUCUGUUCUGGCUUACCUCCUCCACCAAGCCCACCGACUUCCUGCUGCCUCGCUUCACCACCACUGCCACCUCCCCGCAACCAUCUACCACUUUAGCAUCGACCACAAGCUCAGUCGAAGGGCCAACCACCAUCAGUACCCCUCCUCCUGUUGUCGUGCACACAAGCAAAGAGACCACAGAGGCUACUACGCAUUCAGCAGCAGUUACUUCGAUUGUAACCGCUUCCACUUCAAGUCCUACACCAGUCUCAGAGACUUCUAUAGUUACAGACAGGACUACUGUGCCCAGUACAGUUACCACUGCAUACACAGAACCCACCACAAAGCCUGUAACAGCGGAGCGACUUCCCCCAACAACAACUACACCCAGCCCUCCAGGUUUACCAAGCACAGCCUCCACAACCUCUUCACCUCUCCAGACUUCACUUCCUGUGGAAACAAGAACUGUAUCUUUGCCUAUAAUCACUUCAGCUAAAACCACAGAAUCAGUCACACCAGUUGCACCUUUCACCACUAGUAAAACAACACAGUACAUCAGUCCAGAGAUGACAUCACCACCUGGAACCACAGAGAAGAUUCUGCACACCACUCCUACUGAAGUGACAACUUCUACAACAACUGCUCCUGAGAGACCAACAUCAACCCCAAUCCAUGUUGUCCCAACUACAACUGUACCAUCUGUUCCUACCUCAGCUACUACAGACUGGAGAACAACAACAGAGAAAGUGACCAGAAUUGAAUCCACUGUGUCUGAAAUACCUGUAGCAACCACAACAACGGCUGCACCUCCACCUCUAAAGAUUACAGACACCACAACUCCUCUCGUGUCCACCUCCACAACUUAUUCUGAGAGAACCUCCUGGUCUACUGCUGCCCCAACAACAGAGAAAACCACUCAGACCACAACUUCAAGACCUCCAGAGGUUCCAGAAACCUCCACUGUGCCCACAGGACCCGCUGUCACAACAGAACCAACCGUUCAGCCAGUGUCUCUGACAGAAACCACUACUGUACCACUUUUACCAACAACAGAGAGCUCCACCCAUCCUGCAUCUACCAUGCAGACGUCUGAGCCAUGGCGUCCCCCCCAUCGGGAGACUUCCUCCACCCUGUUGUACAGCCCUACAGUGAGGACUACCCCACAGGUCACAUCGGAAAUCCAUGUAGUCCCUUCCACUAAAACUACUGAAGUGCCUCGCCUUCCUGUAACAUCAAAGUUGAUUGUCACCUCUGCGACAUCAGCUGUUGCCACACCUAUUACCACUACUGCCAAAACUACACCGUCUCCGGAAAUCUCCACUGCAGAAAUUGCCGCCACCACAACCAGAAAACUGGUUACACCUCCACCUGGGUCUGAUAUUCCUGAGACACCUCUCACCACGCUCUUCACAAGCGCUCCACCAGGUGUCGUUACCACCACUCUCAGACCAGUCAUUAUACAGCCGAUUACAGAGACGACACAACCAGUGACUGGCAGAGUUGAAGUGUCAACAAGAGCUACAACCACGCCGCCUCCAUCCUGGUCUCCUCUACAGACAACCACUUCCACCGCAGCUCCAAGGUCAACGACUGUCCUGGACAAAGUCACCACCCGGCUGGUGUCCACUGCAGAAGCUACACCUGCUACACCAGCUACCACCCUCACACGGACAACCACAAUCAGAACGACACCCAGAGUUCCUGUGACAACCAGAGUGACUCCGAGGUCAACCAUCAGGCCCAUCACUGCUAGGAUUACCAUAGCAACAAGGCCUCCAGCAGUAACCGUCAGAUCAACUACUCUCAGCCCACCGACCGUCACACCAAGCCCUGGCCCAACAACCGUGUCAGGUGUGCCAACUACAACCAUCACAACAUCUGCCGAGAUGGUCACUACAGCGAGUACAACCGAACGUGUCGACACAACUGCAGCGGUUCCCCGCCCAACCACCAUAACCGCUGGAGUGCCUAUUCCUACUCUAACAACAGUCACGGCAUCUACAGCUCUUCCCACGACAACCACCAGAGAGUCCGAGAUGACAUCCGAGAAAACCCUGACAACCAAAGAGACCGACAUGUCACCAUCCUCAUCCCAACCAGUGACGCCUCCACCUGAUACAAUGAUCUCCACCCAGAAGCCUGAUAUUCCCACUCCCACUACGACUUCACUCCCAGCAACCACCUCGAUCAAAACUACUGAGCAGGACAGAGUUGAUCGUACCAGUCCGGGUGCAACAACGCUUCCUCCUGCACCGCCAUCGCCUUACACACCUUUGGAAACAACCAGACACACUUCAGAGGGGGCGACGUCCAUGGCUGUGUCACCUACAAGGAUGUGCACUCCUCCGUAUGCAGAGAUCGUCGAUGAGUGCACAAAGUACAUUUGUGUCAACAACCAACUCGUCCUGUUCAACAAAUCCCAGAGCUGCCCCUUCACUUCGGACCCUCCCAACUGUGGCCUGCUUGGCUUUGCUGUACUGGUCAAUGGAGACAAGUGCUGCCCCCAGUGGGACUGUCCAUGUCGCUGCUCGAUGUUUCCUGAUCUGAAUGUGAUCACAUUUGACGGAAACAGCGUUGCCAUCUACAAAGCUGCCUCAUACAUAGUGACCCAGCUGCCCAAUGAGACGGUCAGCGUCCUGGUUCAGGAGUGUCCUGCUGACUCAGAGUCUCCACUCCUUUGGAAUUUCACCAACCUGUGUCUGGUGGCGCUCAACAUCACCCACAAAUCCAACCACAUCAUCAUCAACAGGCUGCAGAGGAGGCUCUAUGUCAACUCUCGCUAUGCCAAGCCUCGAUUUAAGAAGUUUGGCUUUGAGGUCUACGACACAGGCAACAUGUACCUGAUCCGCAGCCCGGCUGGUCUCAAGCUGCAGUGGUACCACAGCACCGGCAUGAUGGUGAUCGACACCGACAGCUCCAGCAACAACAAGCUUCCCACUAUGGGCCUCUGUGGAUUCUGUGAUGGAGACCCAACAAAUGACCUGACUAUGGCCAACGGCACCACACUGGGCGUAAGUGAGGAUCCAGCUCUGUUCAUCGACAGCUGGCAGGUUCCCAACACCACCAGCUACAUCAGCAACAGCCGCCGCCGCGAGCUCAACUGCUCCACAAGUGACUGCUCCAUCUGCCUGGACAUGCUGCAGAACCCCUCCUUCACACCCUGCCACGCCUUCGUCCAGCCAAGCACAUUCUGUGAGGUUUGGGUACGAGAUGCAGAGUACGUCAACAACCAGUGUGUGGCGCUGGCUGCCUACGUUGCUUCUUGCCACAAAUUCAACAUCUGCAUUGAGUGGAGAAGUCCAGAUUACUGCCCUUUCGUGUGUCCCGACACUCUUCAGUAUCAGGCCUGUCUGCCGGCCUGCACGUCUCAGUCCUGCCCCAACCACGACUUUGACUCAGACCCGGAUCAGUGUUCAGGCCUGACCGAAGGCUGCGUGUGUCCUGAGGGAACGCUGCUCCACCGGCCGUACUCCGCCCUCUGCAUCUCACCUGAGAAGUGUGCCUGCACUGACAGCUCCGGUGUUCCUCGUGCACACGGCGAGGUGUGGAAAGCCUCAAAGGACGCCUGCUGUAUGUACCGCUGCGACAACGACACCAUCGUCCCCGUGGAGUACAACUGCUCCAACGUGGUGGUGCCGGUGUGCCGCCGGGUAGCGGAGGUGAUCAUCAGCCUGGCAGAUGACACCAGCUGCUGCCCACAGAAAGUCUGCGUGUGUAACCAGAGCCUGUGUGACCUGCUCCCUCCUGAGUGUAAAUACGGGGAGAAGCUGGUGUCGUACUACAGACAGGACUCCUGCUGUCCGGACUACGUGUGUGAGUGUGAUCCUGAACUCUGUGAGUCAGAUGAUCCCACCUGCAGAGACGACCAGACUCUGAUCGCCACCAGAGCCGACGGCAGCUGCUGUCUCGCUCACAUCUGCAUGUGUUCUUCCUGUCUGGAGACACCUCCUCUCUGCCUGGAUGGCGAGGUGCUGACGGUGGACGGUAACACCACGGACCGGUGCUGCCCCGCCUACCAAUGUGUGUGUGAGCCCUACAGGUGUCCUCAGCUUAGUUGUGCUGUUGGGAUGUCGGUGCUGUCCGUGUCCAGUCCGGGUCGCUGCUGUCCCAACCAAACAUGCGAGUGCUCCUGUGAAAAGAUCGCCUCCCCAAAAUGUGGCCUGGGAGAAGCUGCCCAGCUGGACCGGGCCUUCCUGUCUGACCCACAGAACCAGUGUGCCUGCAAAAGAUACAAGUGUGUGCGCGAGGCGGUGUGUGUGUUCGGCGAGCGAGGCGUGUUGCGGCCGGGUCAGACUCUGGUGGAGCACGAUGACAACGGCUUGUGUCACAGCAGGCAGUGCAGCCGCAGCCUCGACCCGGCGAGCGGCUUCCACCUGCUCCGCACCAGCAGCAUCAACUGCUCCGCCCACUGCCAACCAAAUCAGAUUUACAUCCCUCCCAAGGAUCAGUCAACGUGCUGCGGUGUUUGUAGGAAUAUUUCCUGCCUCUACGAACACGAGAACGGCACAACAGUUCUCUAUAAGCCGGGGAAGUCCUGGGUAUCAAACUGCAUGAAGUUCGACUGCGCAGACACUCUGUCCGGACCCACGCUCAUCUCCUACUCCUUCAGCUGCCCACCGUUCAAUGAAACCGAGUGCAUGAAGAUCGGUGGAACUGUCGUAAGUUACAUGGACGGAUGCUGCAAGACAUGUACUGGAUUCCCUCUGUUCCCCUUCCCCGUUAGCCCCUUGACUCCCACAGUUAACACAAACUGUGAACGAGGCAAAGAAGAUGGCAAGUCGUGUCAGAAGGUGACGGUGAGGAUGACAAUCAGGAAGAAUGACUGUCGCAGCAACAGACCGGUAAACAUCGUGUCAUGUGACGGGAAGUGUCCGUCUGCCAGCAUCUACAACUACAACAUUAACACUUAUGCUCGCUUCUGCAAGUGCUGCAGGGAGACAGGGCUGCAGCGACGCUCCGUGCAGCUCUACUGCAGCGGCAACGCAACCUGGGUCAGCUAUACCAUCCAGGAGCCCACCGACUGCUCCUGCCAGUGGUCCUAAACACACACACACACACACACACACACACACACACACACACACACUACAUACACACACACACACACACACACACACACACACACUACAUACAUACACACACAGUGUGAUAGAAGAAGAAGAAGAAGAAGAAACCCUCAGCCAUGUUGUUUUAGGAUGUUUGGAGAGUGAAAUACUGAGCUGUGAUUGGCAGGACUGCACGACUCUUGCUCUAACAGUUAGUUGUCUUGGUGCCUCUGCUGGCAGGGAGGUGGUACUGCAGCACCGACACUCAGUGGGAAGCUGCUAACUACAGGGCACUGAAAGUGACCUUUGACCUCUGAUAUUUACCUUCCCUGGGAAACAAAAAGACUAGAGCGUGGCCUAUUUGACACCACAAGAUGAGUAAUUUGGGAUUUUUAUCGCUUAAAAGUUAAUUUAUUGUCUUAAAGGACAGAUUAUGGACAUUGAAACAGGUUUUUCUUGCGGUAAUAAUUUCUCCUGUUCAUACUGGCCAUGAAAAGAUCCCUUCUUGUGCAUUCAGUGUGAGUGAUAGUGGACAAAAUCCACAGUCCUCAGUCUGUGCAAAGACGUUUUCUUAUAUGAUCAUUUUAGUACAAAAGUCCCUCUAUUUCCUGGACAGUAACUUUGGAAGAUACUCGCUUUGUCUAACCCAGACCGCUGAAGCCUCACAUUGACUUCAAAUAAACUUUGGAAGGUAUUUCUGUCCAUCUCUUUCAUUGAAAGCACAUUAGGAAGUUUCUUAACAGCCAAUAUGAACAGAGAUGAUUCAACAAAAAAAACCAAAAACAAACCAAAAACACUGCUUCUUUGUUUAUAUGGGCACCUGACAACUACUAAGUAUUAUAUAUAAUUAUUGAAUUAUUAUAUAUAAUGCAAACUGUCUUCGCAGUGUUUGUCAGCACUUUGAAAUGUCAAAAUAAAAAAUUUAAAUAAAAUAAGAUUAUCCAGUUGAUCUCAAUUGAAAAUGGAUUGCCAUGAGCCUUAGCACAGAAAGUCAUCACACAAAUAUGUAAUAGAAAGAAAUCACAAAUAAUGUUACGUUUUCUUUUGCUCAUUGGAAAUGAGUUGACUUUUAUUAUUUUACCGCACUUAGUAGUUAUGGUGCUUCUGCUCGCAACAUUUUAGCUGCUGUUUUGUUUCAUAACACCAGCAGAUUUCUUGCCUGUGUCUAAAUGCUGUUCUGAUAAUACCUAAUUGAUAAUUGAUCAAAACAAUACAUUGACACCUUUAAAAACACAAUGCAAAGAGCUACAGCUUUAUGCUUUACUGUACUGCUGCUCUGCCACCUCCCUGUCAGCCUGCAGAGAAGAGAAAAUGUUCAGCAAAGGCAAAAGUAAGUUGAUCUUUAGUGUUUCAGUGGGAACUUGUUUCCCCGCUCGUCUUCUCAGAGUGCUUCUGUGCUGUUAUGGCUGAAAAUUAAAAGAUUUAAAAAUAUAUAUCAAAAAGUUUUGAAAAUGAGUUUGCGAUACAUUCAAUCAGGAAACAUCAUCAUCCUUUGGAGAUUCAUAUUUUACCCAGAAUUCCUCAUUAUGUUGCCUUGGUUUUGUAAAUAACUGUUUCCUAACUUUUAAAAAUGAUUUGCAAUAUCAAAUUUUUAGCUAUUUCACUUCUAGAAAGACAACAAUAAACUGUAUAUUCAGUGAUGUGAAAUAUACUUUAUAUAAUCAACACUAGUGAGAUGUAUUAACUGAUUUAAAUCCAGCUGUAUGUGGAGCACUUUAUUUAUUUAUUGGAGUUUGAUAGAGCACAGCUGUUCUGAUCUUGUGGAUGACAACACGAUGAGAAGAGAAGCCCAACUGGAGAACAAACAAAACCAAACAGGAUCCAAAACUUUGAUUAGUUUUUUUCCCGAUGACAGAAUACCGUGAGGGCAAAGAAGCUAUCAGGAGAGCAUGGUGGUGCGUUAUAGAUGCAUGUUUCUCUGUGGACUAAAUUCUUAAUGUGUUUGUUCAUGUCAAACAGACCCGCCUGGAUAGUCGAGUUAAAGAGGAUUUGUAUCAUACAAAUGUACAUUUGCAUUUUCAAUAAAUAUUUCCUUGGGAAAAACUAAA